UUUUCUAUAUAAGGCGACGCUAUACUCUAUAGUUUAAUCUAUACCCUCUCACUCUCUGUCACUGCAUUCCUAAUUAUAUUUAUCAGUUUAUUUUUAGCUUUUGCUCUCUCUCUACUUGUUUGAGAAAAGAUCGCAAUGGCGGACGAGGUGAUUCUGUUGGAUUACUGGCCCAGCAUGUUCGGCAUGAGGGCCAGAAUAGCUCUGACUGAAAAGGGCGUUCCAUACGAGUACAGGGAGGAGGAUCUGAGGAACAAAAGCCCCCUGCUUCUGAAGAUGAACCCGAUUCACAAGAAGAUUCCGGUCUUGAUUCACAAUGGAAAGCCGGUCAGUGAGUCCCUCAUUAUUUUGCAGUACAUCGAUGAGGUUUGGCCUGGGAAAUCCCCUUUGCUCCCCUCUGAUCCUUACCAGAGAGCUCAAGCUAGGUUUUGGGCUGACUGCAUCGACAAGAAGGUCUAUGAUUGUGGUAGGAAGAUAUGGAGCACAAAAGGAGAAGAGCAAGAAGCAGCCAAGAAGGAAUUCAUAGAAAUUUUUAAGGUGCUGGAAUCAGAGCUUGGAGAGAAGCCAUACUUUGGUGGGGAGAGCUUUGGGUUUGUAGAUGUUGCCCUUAUAGGAUUCUACAGCUGGUUUUAUGCCUAUGAGACCUUUGGCAACUUCAGCAUUGAGGCCGAGUGCCCCAAGUUCAUUGCAUGGGCCAAGAGGUGCAUGCAGAGGGAGAGUGUCGCCAAAACUCUACCUGACGGGAAGAAGGUAUGCGAAUUGCUUGGCCAAAUGAGGAAGAAUCUCGGCAUCGAGUAGGAAAAAUCAGAAAGCCUCUUAGUGGUAGCUUGGUGGUACAUGAGGCUGCUUUUUUUCUUCUUUUGUAUCAUUGUCUUUGUUGGGCCUGUGCUUUCUUUUCUUUUCUUUUCUUUUCUGCCUAGAGGGAGCUAGUUGGGUUAUCUAAUUAGACACUUAUUGUGUCUGAUUAUGUUUUGUUAAAACAGCUUAGUCUCUUUAUCUUAUUCCAAUAAAUAAAUGCUUCCUCAUUUGUAGUGAUUCACACAAGGUGAGGAAUUAGCGGGGAGUAUCGUCUCCAUCCACAUUUAUAAUUUCAAUAUUCAUCCCCGU